AGUUACGGAUGGACCUCCCUCUUCUACUCCUGUAGGAAAGUCCAAGUAAUAACCCCCAUAGCCAGCUUUGGCUUCUUUCUUCCAAUAGGCAACAAGUCUCCCCCGUGGACUGAAUUCAAUCUUCGAGGGUGACCCUCAUGGCUGUAAUCCUGAGUUCCUGCAGCUUUUGCCUCUUGCUUUUCUCCCUUCUGGUCACCCCUCCUAUUGCUAUUGCCGGAGUCUUUGCCCCCAACGGCGUCCUCAGCGUCAAGUACCGAUACGCCGGCCUCGAGCGCUCCCUCACUCAGCUCAAAGCUCACGAUAGCCGCCGCCAGCUUCGGAUUCUUACCGGCGUCGAUCUUCCCCUGGGCGGCUCCGGUGGUCCCGCUGCCGUCGGGCUUUACUAUGCUAAAAUAGGGAUUGGGACACCUCCAAAAGAAUACUAUGUGCAAGUAGAUACGGGAAGUGACAUUAUGUGGGUCAACUGCAUUCAGUGCACUGAGUGCCCCAGUAGAAGCUCCCUUGGUAUUGAGCUGACGCUAUACAAUAUAGACGACUCGGAGACAGGGAAAUUGGUUCCUUGUAAUAAAGAAUUUUGCUUGGAGAUAAAUGGGGGUCCUUUAUCUGGCUGCAUGGCUAAUAUGUCCUGUCCAUAUCUUCAGAUAUAUGGAGAUGGCAGUUCCACUGCUGGAUACUUUGUAAAGGAUGUCUUACACUAUGACCUGGUGUCUGGAGACCUCCAAACUACUUCUUCCAAUGGAAGUGUUAUGUUUGGGUGUGGUGCUAGACAAUCUGGUGAUCUAGGUUCAUCUAAUGAAGAGGCACUGGAUGGGAUACUUGGUUUCGGAAAAUCAAAUGCAUCAAUAAUUUCACAGCUAGCUUCAUCUGGGAAAGUGAAAAAGAUGUUUGCUCACUGUUUAGAUGGAACCAAUGGGGGCGGUAUCUUUGCUAUUGGGCGUGUUGUGCAACCAAAAGUUAACAUGACUCCAUUGGUACCAAACCAGCCACAUUACAAUGUUAAUAUGACAGCUGUUCAAGUUGGUCACUUUUUUCUAAACGUGUCAAAAGAGGUGUUUGAGGUAGGAGACAGAAGAGGGACAAUAAUAGACAGUGGUACAACCUUGGCCUAUCUCCCAGAAAUGGUUUAUGAACCAUUAGUAAGCAAGAUAAUCUCCCAACAGGCAGAUUUAAAAGUUCAUACUGUUCAUGAUGAGUAUACAUGCUUUCAGUACUCCGAAAGUGUUGAUGAUGGAUUUCCACCUGUCACCUUUCAUUUUGAGAAUUCUCUCUCCUUAAAGGUUUAUCCUCGUGAAUAUCUAUUUCCCUAUGAAGGUUUGUGGUGUAUUGGUUGGCAAAACAGUGGAAUGCAAUCCAGGGAUAGCAUGAACUUGACUCUUUUGGGAGAUCUAGUGCUCUCAAAUAAGCUAGUCUUGUAUGAUCUCGAGAAUCAAGCCAUUGGAUGGACUGAAUAUAACUGUUCGUCAAGCAUUAAAUUACAGGAUGAACAAAGUGGAACAGUACAUUUAGUAGGUUCCCAUUUUAUUUCUUCUGCUUACAGUUUGAAUAUUCGAUGGGCUAUAGUUAUGUUGUUUCUAACCAUGCUGCUGUACGAUAUUUUCACUGAAACACUAAGAGUCUUCUGCUAAUACAAAGUACCCACGGUUGAGGUAAAGAAACAAGAAAAUUUGAAUAUAAUAGAAAAUCAUGAGAUUUGUUGAUAAAA